AUGCUCUGCUGCUUGAAGCGCGCAACAGCCUUGCUACCCUCUGUCGGGAUCGGUAAAAGAACGGUGGCUACGCUCACGAGGCUUCCUCACAUCGACCGGCCUUUCGAGGAGGAGCGCGCACCGGACUACUAUCCCAAGCACUUCUGUCAGAUUAACCCUGGCGACGUCGUGGCCGAUGGUCGAUAUUCUGUCAUUUCAAAGCUUGGAUGGGGCUGCUCAUCCACCGUGUGGCUGGCCGAAGACUUGCACCGGCGUUUCUGGCAAUCACCGCAAUAUGUCUCCAUCAAGUUCAACAACUGCGACGUCGAUCGGGAGUCAAUUGAGCAGGAGAUGGCUUUGCAAAAACGCGUAUCGACCGCAGAUCGCGCGCAUCGGGGAUUCGAACUCGUGAGAAGGAUCAAGGACAGCUUUUUGCAUGUCUCAGCAGAUGGGACGCAUCUCUGCCUUGUACACGAGCCCCUCCGAGAAACGCUCGAGGUCUACCGACGAAGGUUCACAGGUGGCAUACCCAUACCCAUCUUGAAGGUCUACUCAAAGCUUCUUCUUACUGCCUUGGACUUUCUUCAUUCAGAAUGCAACAUCAUUCAUACAGACCUCAAGCUGGACAACAUCCUCAUGAAAUUCGAAGAUACGUCUGUCUUGCGUGACGCGGCGCGGCAGCUUCAGCACUCCAAGAUGAUGUUCAAAGAUGACUCCGUCAGGCGAGUAUAUCAGUCGUGCAGCGAUUUCGGUCCACUGCGAGCAUACACUUCGGUCCCUACCAUCGCAGACUUCGGACUAGCUGUGCACGCCAGUGCCGGCGCUCACCCCAUUCAGCCGAACGCAUAUCGUGCGCCAGAGGUGCUCCUCGGCUGGGGAUGGUCCAGCAGCGCAGAUAUAUGGAACCUAGGCAACGUACUCUGGAAUCUUGCAAGCGGCGUCGAUUUGUUCACUCGGAUAUUCUCUCCGCGUGGCAAUUACGAUGCGAAAAGACACCUAGCGCAAAUGUCAUCCAUCCUUGGCCCGCCAGACGCAACGCUUAUAAGACAGCAAUCGCACAAUGGGUGGAAAUGGUCGCCAGCUGUCGAGAAUGAUGACGGCGAGCUUUGUGAUGAUGCCUCUUCAUACUACAAGGGUCCUCACUUCAGCUAUGAAACUGGUGCCUUUUUACAUCCACAGCUUGUGCCAUUACCUCAAAGCCUGCAAGAUUUAGCUUGCUUUAUGGAUGCAAAAGACAGGGCGGGCUUUGUUGACCUCAUCGGCAAAAUGCUCACUUGGAACCCCGAGGAGAGGCCUGGAGCUGCAGAACUAGCAAGCCACCUCUGGCUGGACUUAUCUGCUUCAUGA